AUGGAGGGUUCGAGACUCGAAGACCUCGGAGGGAACAGGGAAGGAGGGAAAGACCUGGAACGACGGACACAGACGAUACUAAGAUCGAUUCGAGAUAACUUGGGUCCCUUACCCCUUCACCAUCCUACAGCCAUGUCCAUCACCAAAAUCCACGCUCGCCAGAUCUUCGACUCGCGCGGUAACCCCACCGUGGAGGUCGACCUCCAUACCGCCAAGGGUCGCUUCCGCGCUGCCGUGCCCUCUGGUGCCUCUACUGGUAUUCAUGAGGCCGUCGAACUUCGCGAUGGUGACAAGAACGCAUAUGUUGGCAAAGGUGUCUCCAAGGCCGUUUCCAAUGUCAACGAUACUAUCGCGCCUGAGCUCAUCAAGUCUGGUCUCUCCGUUCUCAACCAAAAGGACAUCGACGACUUCCUCAUUAAGCUCGAUGGCACCCCCAAUAAGGGAAAACUCGGUGCUAACGCAAUUCUUGGUGUCUCGAUUGCAGUUGCUGAGGCUGCUGCGGCUGAGAAGGGCGUUCCCCUCUACCAACAUCUCGCUGAUCUUGCAGGCGUGAAACCCCCCUUCGUCCUCCCUACUCCCGCCUUCAACGUUAUCAACGGUGGCUCCCAUGCUGGAAACAAGCUUGCCUUCCAGGAAUUCAUGUUACUUCCUACUGGAGCUACCUCUUUCACUGAGGCCAUGAAGAUCGGAACGGAGACUUACCAUACCUUGAAAAAGGUCAUCAGUGCUAAAUAUGGAAUUGAUGCUGUCAACGUUGGCGACGAGGGUGGUUUCGCACCUAACGUCUCUGGUGCCGAGGAAUCCCUGGAACUGCUUUCCGAAGCCAUCAAGAAGGCUGGUUAUGAGGGAAAGAUCAAGAUUGCCCUUGACGUUGCCUCCUCCGAGUUCUACAAGGAGGGCAAAUACGAUCUGGACUUCAAGAACCCCAACUCUGACCCAAGCAAGUGGAUCACCGGCACUGAGCUUGCUGAUCUGUACCUCAGCUAUGUCAAGAAGUACCCUAUUGUCUCUAUUGAGGAUCCUUUCGAUCAAGACGACUGGGAAGCUUGGACCCACUUCACGCAGCAGAGCGGUAUUCAGAUCGUUGGUGACGACUUGACGGUCACGAACCCCCUUCGUAUCAAGACUGCCAUCGAGAAGAAGGCUUGCAACGGCCUGCUUUUGAAGGUCAACCAGAUUGGUACCAUCUCGGAAUCUAUCCAAGCUGCACAGCUCGCUCAAUCCGACGGCUGGGGUGUCAUGAUCUCGCACCGUAGCGGAGAGACCGAAAACACCAUUAUCGCCGACCUUGCUGUUGCCCUUGGUGUCGGUGAGAUUAAGACCGGCGCUCCUGCCCGCAGCGAGCGCGUCGCCAAGUACAAUGCUCUCCUCCGCAUCGAGGAGGAACUAGCUGGAACUGGCGCGACCUAUGCUGGCGAAGGAGGACUGUCUGCUGGCCACAACCCCCCUGCUUUGCUCAAGAAGUAA